UCGUAUCGAACACGGCUCUGCACGGAAGCGCUGGUGGAGGGCCUCUUCUUCUUCUGCGGAAGCCCGAUUGCUCGGACGCGAUUGAUGUUGUGCGCGAGCAUUGUACUCGAACGCGUUGCACUCCGCGUGUUGCUUUUGUAGGAAGUGUUCGUGGCCCGGCAAUUGUGGACCUGGACCUCGACCCUGCCGUUUAAAAGAAUUGGGUUCGCAGGUUCGCUCUAAUUGGAUCGAUCGAUUUGUGGUGUUGACUUUGUUCACGCACUAUAAUCCAAGGAGCUGCCGAGAAAGAGCGCGUUUGUGCGUAGUGUAUGUGUUAGUGAGUGUGUUUCGUGCAACGACACUUUGCUGCACAAUAUUCAGGCUCCGUUCGUUUCAACUUUCGAGAAAGAGAGAUAGAGAUAGAGAGGGUGAGAGGAAAGGGAGAGGAAGGAACAGGCGUGCUUCGAUCGCUGCUCUUCUGGGCUGUGGGUUUUGGUAGCGAUGUCAAAGACUGUCACAGGAAUACAAGGGCAGCUUCUGGAAGUCAAUGUGGUGGGUUGUAGGAAUUUGUCGGACAAGGAGUGGUUCUCCAGGCAAGACCCAUACGUAGUUGUCGAGUACGCAAAUAACAGAUUCAGAACAAGAACAGACACUGAUGGAGGAAAAAAUCCAACAUUUAAUGAGAAAUUUCAGAUACCUCUCAUCGAAGGCCUGCGAGAAAUAAAUGUGCAAGUAUGGAACAGUAACACCGUAUCUCUCGACGAUCAUAUCGGUAGCUGCAAGGUCCUGCUUGACAGGGUUUUGUCUUCUGGCUAUGAUAAUACAGCGUGGGCACUGAAGUCCAAACACGGGAAGACUUCGGGAGAAGUGAAUCUCAUCUUGCAUUACGCCGGAAGCAAAAAGGAUAAUCACGGUGCUGCUCAUGGACAGACGAGCUCCUCGGGGUACCCUCCACAAAUGAGCGGAUACCCACCUCCACCCCCUGCAUACGGAGCCCCUCCUGCUUAUCCACCAGCUCCUGCCCCGUAUCCAUCAGGAUAUGCUCCUCAACCUGUGUCUUACCAAGCACCUCCUCAAGGGUAUCCACCAGUGAACCCAUACCCUGCUCCCCCAACUGCCUAUCCAGGACCGCCUGCACCAUAUCCUGCUCCCACAGGAUAUCCUGCUCCAUCAGGGUACCCUGCUGCAGGGGGAUAUCCACCUCCUCCUACUGGAUACCCUGCUCCAGCACCACACUACCCUGCGCCAGUUCCGUAUCCCGCACCCGGUGGAUACCCACAAGUAAUGCCAUAUGGAGCACCAGGACACAAAGCUGGUAAGGUGCACGUAGGUUCUCAUUCUAGCUACGGUUCUCAUGGACAUUACAAGCAUGGCAAACAUAAGAAGUACAAAGGCUUCAAGUUUGGAAAGAAGUCUAAAGGAUGGGGUAAAGGCUGGAAGGGCAAGAAGAAGUAAAUUGUUGAGAAGCGUAGGGUACACGUAUUCGGCCCAAGGGCUGUCGAUGUACAGGACUGGUCAUUUAGGACUUACGUAAAACAUUCUUUGGUGUUGCUUGCACAAGGAGAUCCUCCCAACACAGACAGAGACAUUUUGGAGAGCCAAUGUACCGUCGUCUUCUGAUAAAUCUGAGAACAACUAAUUGGUAAUCGCUCGUAUGGAAGAGAAGCUUGAUUUAACAACAGCUUCAUACCAAGCUUUUACCAUAUGAACGACUUUAUGUUGUUUGCCCGAGGAGAUACGCCACACAGCAGGGACAGACUGGAUACUGUGGAGAGUCAAUAAAUCGUCGUCUUCUGAUUUAUUUGGUAUUGGAUUCUUAUGAAACGUAACAUUGAAUUAACAAUACGUUACAUCAAACUCCACACGAAUG